AUGAAGCCUGCAACAGUUAGCUUUGACAACUAUAAAGGUUCCUUCACAAUUCCACAUCUUUCACCUUCACCUCUUGCAAUCACCAACCAGAAAGAUUACGAAGAACUCAUUGGUCGAGUCAAGAAAGCAAAAGACCUCACAGCAACUGUUUAUGUGCAAGAGAUGCAAAAUAUGAAAAAGCAUAAAGAAAUUCAAUCAGGAAAGGAGAACAACUCAGCAACCAGUGACAGAUCCAGCAGUGACAAUUCCUCCGACAAUAAUGGAAAGAAGAAACGGAAAUGCAAGGACAAAUGGAAAAAAACCAGAGCACCAAAGGCAUCAGAUAUUGAUGAGUCAAACCAGCCUGUCAACAAGAACACUCAGGACCUUCGCAACUGGUGGAUCUACCACAAAAAACCUGGUUGCAAGAGUGAGUUCUGCUUUGUCAAUCCAGCAGAUGGCAGAUCUCAUAUUACACUGACAUUUCCUCAACUCGAAUGUUGGGCAUCAGCAAUAUUGAAAGGACCUGCUACAGCAACACUUGAAAAUCCACCAAACCAUUCUCACUUCAGCAUGAUCCCUGAGGAGCUCUUGGGUCAGCAGUCAGUUCUCGCAUUACGUCGUCAACAGCUUGAUGAGCAAGCACAAUUGAAAGCUUCGAGUACUAGCAACACACCUGUUAUCAAUGUCAACUUUCCUCCAGAACUUUUUCAAUCUCUCCAUGCACUAGAACCUGCUCUCACUCAAGCCCACGCUGCUACUCCCAUUCCUCACCCUCCUGCCUCUGUGGUUACUACAUCUUUAUUGUCUCUAGCUCAGCUUGCAGCACCUGGCCCUCAAAUGUCUCUCACUGACUUUUGUGUUGCCUAUGAGGUAUCCAAAACACUUCAAGCCAAGCUUCUUCAGAAUGGCUUUUCUUCAUCGCACUCCUUCUGUUUUACCUUAUUGGAAGAUCUGGAGUCAAUUGGGCUACUUUGGGGUGAGCUUGCACAGCUCAGAGAUGCUGUUUCACAUUGGUUUGGCGAGUAG